CUUUCCGGAAUAUCCUAUUUAUACAGUCUUUGGGAAUAGCGCGUCAUUUAUGUUGUUGAAGUUCGGAGUAAAGAAAGUUCUAAAUCUAUCAUUCAACCUGGAAUGAUAAGCAGUCAAUAAUUUAACUUAAUGGAUUUCUUUUGUGCAGGCAUUAAGAUACGAAACACUCAUACCAACACAGCCACUUGUGGUCACAAAACAAUCACCACUGUAAGACGGAAGUCGGGGACAUUCCGAAUUUAUUGACAGUGGUGUCUCUUACCUCUUUGAGUUUCAGCUCUUUUCGAACUCAGUAGAGACUGAGAUUUAAGAUUAUAGAUCAAAUCCGAGGUUAAGAUUGUUAACCUAAUCGCUGGUGGUGUAACGAUAUAACAAGCUAAAGAUUAGCCUACUCCCACUGUGUUCCAAUUCACAGUUUUCAUUAGCGCUAUGGUGUUAGCAGAAUUAAGUUUGCGUUUGAAUGAAGUUGGUUAUAAGAACUGGCUUAAAGCUGGUUAUUGUUUAAUGAAGUUAAAGGACGGCUUGCAAGGUUUUGUCAACAAUGAAAUGAAACUUUUCCAUGAGAGGGUCAUUAACAAUAAUGCUAUUCUGCGACGGGGACCAUGCAGAAAUAACUGCAGAGCAAAGGGAAACCAGUUGCACUCUCUGUGCUCACUAUGUAGCGAGUGGAGGAGGGAGAUUCUGAGACACCACACUAACCCUUCAGCAGUGGUGAACUGGAGCAACUGCAGACCAUGGCUCUGGUCCGCUGAACACUGGGAACUUGCAAAGGCCUUUAUGCCUCGAGGACAGGCAGAUGUGACUAGAGCUGAGCAGUGUGAUGCUGCUGCCCUCCUUAACCUCCUCCACUUCUGCGACCACUUCAGCUAUAUAGACCCGAAGCUCGUCAAAGAGGUGAUUCGUUGCAGGAACGAGCUGAUGCACUCGUGUGAGAUGCGCGUGUCGGCACAGUGGAUGCGGUGCUACCAGAGGAGCCUGGAGCAGCUGCUGCAGCCGCUGCAGCACGUCCCCGAAGUGGCCGUCACCAGGCAAGACAUUCAGGAGACGCUGUCUAUAGACUGGUCAGUUCAUGUUCCCGGAGUGGACAGAGUGGAUGGAUCCGAGGUGAAGGAAAUAGAACUGGAGUCCAUCAGCCAAUGGGAGACAGGGUUGCUGCGGGAACGACUUCAAGAGCUACUGCUCUGUGCAGACCAGGAGGAGACGCUGAGUCUAGAGGACCAGCAGAGCUUGCAGACCCUCAGUGCCUUUUUACAGAAUCAGGAGGACCUUAAAGAACUGUUCAAAGAGGAACUUGAAACUCUUCAUGCCAUGGGAGAUGGACUCCAGAGGGCAGCAGAGGGAAUACAGAAGUCAGAGACAGAAAUCAGACAGUGCUGAUGUUCUUAAAAAAAAAAAAGAAGAAGAAAAGAAAUCAACAUUUUGUUUCCUUAAGAAAUAUUUCCUCUUUACCUUAAAACAUCCGGGUGGGUGGCAAGAUGGUUGUGAAUAAUACAUUUGCAUAUGUUUACAUGUUCUCAUGACACAAUACAAUACCCUCAGAAUGUGGCACACAUUCCAUCAGCAUAUGUGGUUUUAUACCCUCAGGAACUAUUGUCUCUGGAACUAAUACACAUUUAAGCAAUUAUCAACACCACCGCACCACACAUAUGAUAAUGCAUCAGUCAGUGGGAUUAACAAUAAGGGUAAUCAUUUAACUAAAGUUGUGUGUAUUUUAAGGACACAGUGAUAUGUGCAAAAAUGUCCAUGAAUUAAUCAAGAUAAUCAAGAAAAGAUUGCCUUUAUCUUCAUUAUUAACACAAAUGGUCCUGCCUUUCCAUUCCUCUGUUCUAAUACAGCUAGAUGUAUAGAUCAGUGUUUCUCAACCAGUGGCCCGGGGCCCAUUAGUGGGCCGCGAAAUGUUUUCAAGUUGAAGCUAUUUUUUUAUUUCUAUUAUUAUUUUUUAGCGAAAUAACUGUUUUGUUUGUAAUAGAACACAAUAUUAAUAUAAUCUGUAAUGGAAAUUAGAUGUUUAGAGUAACCAUGUUAAACGUAUAAGUACUUGUACGAAUGAAAGCAGUUUUAGCAAAACCACUCACUAACUUUACAAAACUAAAAGCGCAAACACUG